CUUCUAAAUCUAGCGCGAAAUGCGAGUAGUAAAGUUACUGUUGUGACACGUGGGCCAGUAAUAAUCGAGAAUCAGUUUCAUGUUUUUUGUACUGAUUGAAAAUGGAGUGAGAGUGUGAACUGUGAAUAUUGGAUAGGUUGACAACACAACACAAAGCCAAUAGGCUAGUGAAAGGGUGAUCUGCAAGGAUGUCUUCUCUUGAUGCUGUUAUGAUCCAGGGGAUACGGAGUUUCGGGCCAAAAGAACAAGACCGUGGCUAUCUGAAGUUCCUUUCGCCGUUGACUCUGAUCCUGGGUCAAAAUGGCUGUGGUAAAACCACCAUCAUUGAGGCACUCAAGUAUGCUACUACGGGUGAAAUGCCUCCUGGCUCGAGCCGGGGCCAGUCGUUCGUUCACGACCCAGCGAUAGCUAAGGAAGUCACCGUCAAGGCACAGGUGAAGCUGCUGUUCACCAACGUUCGUGGGGAGAAGAUGACUGCGUUGCGUAUUUUCGAAGGCACCCAAAAGGCCAAAACCAUCACUAUGAAGACUCUCGAUGGCACGCUUACGAAGGUCAAGGCCAACGGGGAGAGCAUCAGUGUCAACAAGAAGUGUGCGGACAUGGAGGCUGAAAUGUUCAUUGCCCUGGGAGUUACGAAACCCAUCCUCAACUACGUGAUUUUCUGCCACCAGGAAGAGUCGAAUUGGCCUUUGGAUGAAGGCAAAAAGCUGAAGGAGCGCUUUGACGCAAUAUUUGAUGCCACUGAAUACCUGAAGUGCAUAAAAAAUAUGCGAGAUCAUGUGAAAAGUCUUCGGCAUCAAGUUGAGAUCAAGAAGGUGGAGGCAGCAAGCUCAAAGAAAGACCACACUGAAGCCGAACAUUUGAAAAAGGAGAUAUCAGAUCAAAAGAACCUCCUUGCUAGCAGCGAAGACAAGGUAACCAAAUGCAAGGCAGAUCGUGACAACAUUGUGGCUGAGCUGCGGAAACUUCAGAAGAUCGAAAAAGAAGCAAGCAGCAUUGAAACAGAAAAAGCAAGGCAAGAGACGCGGCUCGGUGAACUCAAGAAGAGCGUGUCGUCUUUGGACCAGAACUUGAAACGUCCAGGCUGCCUGAAAGUGAACCCAGAUGUGACAGAAGAUGAACUGGAUGAAAUGAUGCAGGAGUUGGUCACUUCGCGUGCUCGGAAGGAGCGUGAAGCUGCUCGAGAUGAAAAGACUCUUGACGACAUCGAAAAGAAAGUGAAACUUCAGAAAGACGAAGCAGGAAAAUUGACACUGGAGCGGGGGAAGCUCGAGUCUGAGGAGGAGCGUUUUCGCCAGCUACGAAGGGAUCGUGACUUGCUCGUGCGUGAGCUGUAUGAUCGACAUGAUGGUCCUACAACAAGCGGUGAACUGACUGAAAAAGAUGUGCGUGCUGCUGUAACUUUCAUGCAAGAAUCUGUGCGAAAAGAAGAAACUGAACAACAACGAGUCAACAAUGAAGUUGGCUCCCUCAUCGAGCAAGCGCAGGCCCACUUAGACUCGACUCGGGUCGAGAAGACCAAGCUCGAGUCGAAUCGAGGUCACAAACAGACCCAGCUUUCAGCCAACUACGCGGAAGCGCAGGAGAUCCAUGAGCAGCUUGUUGCUGCCCGGGGCUCAACGUCGAAGCUGAAGGAGCUAGACACGGCUUUGGCGAAAAUAGAUGCCAAACUGAAGUCAGUGAAGGAGGGACUAAAUGAAGGUGAGAUCACUGCUCGGCUGGAGGACAACGAGAAGAAAAUCUCAGCGCUCGAAACGGAGAUUCGUACUCUGGAAGCGGAGAAAGACGCGAUCCAUGCUAGCUUGUCUGUCAGAAAGGAGCUCAGCAUCCACGAAGAAAAUCUGACGAAAAAGGAAGGAGAGAUUCGAAGGCUGAUGAACAAAAAUGCUGAUAGCUUUAGUGCUUUGGGCAUGGCUGACGUUCCACAGGAUAAGCUCAGCCAACAUUUGGCAGCAAAGUGCACAAACUUGUUGAUGACGUACAACAAGAAAGAUGCCGAACUGAAGCGAUCACAAAAACAAAUCAACUCUCAAGAGGUGACACAACGGCAUUUGCAGGAACGCGUGACAGCGCUGGAACGUGACCUGAACUCUGAGAAGACCGAACUGAACGCGACGCUAAGAGGAGCCGACCUGGAAACUGAACUUACUGAGAUCAGUGCCCAGGCUGCCGACCUGGAGAAACAUCAUGGAUCGCUGGUGGCAAUGCAGCUUCUCAACGCCCGGUAUGUGGAAAAGCUCGAACUGGCGCAGCCAUGCCCACUUUGUCACCGUGACUUCGAAUCGCAAGACGAGGCUGCUGAGCUGGUGGAUGAAUUGAAGCGUAAAAUGGACGGUCUGCCUCGCGAAAUAUUGGAAGCAGAAGAAAAGAAGAGGCGCGCCAAAGACCGGUAUGACGACUUGCUGACGCUAAGACCCAAACAGGAACGUUUGGUGAAACUUCGAGAUAGUGAACUGCCGAGUGCACGAGAGCAGCUAGAACAGGCCCAAAACGAACUGGCUGGCCUGCAGCAGUCCCAUGCUGAACUACAGCGUCAGCAGCAAGAAGCCGAUCGCAGCCGUCGCCUUGCUGAGGACCUGCGCACUGAUGUGAGUCGCAUCGAUGAGCGAGAAAAAGAUGUACGCCGUCUUCGGGCCGAUGUGGAUCGACUGCGUGCCCAGCUUCCCGCCCGGCUGAGUGACCGAUCUGUGGAAGCAGUCGGGUCUGAGCUGGAAGCGAAGCGUGCCUGUGUGACUGCCGCACGUGAGCAGCGUCGAAGUGAUGAAACACGACUUCGUCAGCACGGAAUCGAACUACAGAAGCUUGGUGACGAACGUAACCGUGCGAGCGCAGAGCGACUCCGUCUUGAGAAGCUGCAGGCCGAUCAGAGUCAGCUAGAGCGACGUCGCGAGGAGUUGGAACAAGCCAACAAGAUACUUCGCCUCGAGGUGGAGAAACUUGAAGAAGAAGUGCGCGAGCUGGAAACGAAGUGCCUAGAAGCUGCUGCCAAUCGCGAACAUGUGGAAAGCGAUGGCCAAACUAGGAAGGAUAAUGUUCGGAGCCGUGUCGAAAACAUUCGUGUGGAACUAGGUCGGUUGAAAGCCAUGAACGACGAUGUCUUGGCAUACACACGGGACAACAAAGCACAGAAACUGAUGUCAGUGCGGCAGCGACUGCGUGACAUAGCAGAAGCUGAUCGCGAAAUCGCACAGGAGAAGACUCGUGUGUCUGAGAAUGUCGAAAGGAUUCGUGAUGAGCUGCGCUCGCAAGAUACUCGGAAGCGCGACCUGGAGGAUCACAAGGAGCUGCGACGCCAACAGGCAGAAGUUGUAAAAUUGGAGCAGAAAGUCGCUGAUCUCGACCGCCAACUCGAGGGAUAUGACAUGCACAGCGUUAAGGAGGAGCGUCACCGCCAGGAAAUCAAGCACUCUCGUAUAAUGGAGACCGUCUUCAGUGAGGAGGGCGCGCAGAAACAAAUCAAAGAUGUGAUACGCGACCGCAGUGCAAAACUCAGUCAAGAUCAGUUCAGAAAUGCGGAGAGCAUUUACCGUCAGAAGAGCCUGGAGCUCGCUUGUAACAACCUGGCCAUGAAAGAUCUGCAAGUCUAUGCCAAAGCGCUGGACGACGCAAUCAUCCGUUUUCACAGCAAACGCAUGGAGCGCAUCAACAUGAUCAUCAAGGAGUUGUGGAUGGCAACAUACAGAGGGAACGACAUCGACUACAUCGAGAUCAAGACGGACCAGUCGACGGGGGACGCGUCGAAACGUACCACGUACAACUACCGCGUGGUGAUGGUGAAACAGCGCACGGAACUGGAGAUGCGCGGGCGCUGCAGCGCGGGACAGAAGGUGCUCGCCUCGCUCAUCAUACGAAUGGCGCUGGCGGAGACGUUUGGCGUCAACUGUGGCAUGCUGGCACUCGACGAGCCAACCACCAACCUGGAUCGUGAUAACAUUCAGAGUCUGGCCGUGGCCUUGGAGGAGAUCGUGCGUAAGCGUGUCGUUCAGAAGAACUUCCAGCUGGUCAUCAUUACUCAUGACGAGGAGUUUCUCGCUGUGCUGAGUCGCCUCGACUAUGUCGACCGCUACUAUCGCGUCUCUAGGAGCGGAUCAGGUCUCUCGACGAUCACCAAGCGUCAGACGAGCGAGCUGUGAGCUGGUGCGUACAUGGGGUGGGCUCCGUGCUAGGAGCGGAAGUGCUGUGACCGUACCUACGUGCUGUAAGCAUUUAUGAUGGAGAGGACUUCUUGUUCGGCUGUAGGCGAUGUGACGUUUGGCAGACGAUAUCGCGCUUGGAAUGACCGUAUGUUUUUGAACAGCCGUGUUGUAUGCUGCUUUGUCUGUUGCGCACUGAAUAAGCUAAGUGCACUUGGUUUACAUUCGCUGCCUUUUCCAUGUCCGAUUGAUGAGUUCUUGCGUCAAGUGGUUGCUGGAUGGCUGCUUUCGUUGUUUAUUAGUCAGUAGGCGACCAAUACAAAUGCCUGCUUCUCGUUUUCA